AUGCACAUGGCCCCACUGUCCUUUCUCUUGCUCUUGAUCUGGAUUUGCACGUCCGCUAUCCUCACAGUCUCUGCUGAGUUCGUCAACAUCACGAUCGACGACUACUAUCGCGACGCCCUCUUCGAAUACUUCAUCUACUCUCCGUCCGGCGCAUGGACGGCGGCAAUGCGACCGGGCGAGGUCACGUACAACACCUGGCAUCAAACGAACGUCACCAAAGACCCCACGGUUACGCCCUCGGAGGUGAAGGCGACCGUGACAUUCACCGGAUCUUCGGUCUACGUCUUCGGUGUCCUUGCCAGCACCUCCUCUACUCAGCUUCGGUUCAGGCUCAACGGCACGGCUCUCUCCGAUAAUUUCACCUUCUCCGCCCAACCGGGACCGACCACUUACAGCUACAACCAACUGCUCUACGCAAAUGAAAGCCUCCCCGAAGCGACCCAUCGCCUCGACAUCCUCAACGGGGACGUUGAAGGGGGUGCGGGCUCCCUCCUGGUGGUCGACUACCUCGUCUACACACGCAACACCGACAUCGACCCACUCCCGUCUCCCUGA